AUGAAGUAUUUUAUCAAAAAUUUAACCGAUGCCAUGUUCAAAAAGUACUUAUUGACAACGAACAUUGUGUCGUCGGGCAUUCUCAUGUCAAUCGGUGAUGCCGUAUCACAGUAUGUCGAACGAAAAACGUUAGUUAAACAUGAAGAGCAUCAGAAAUUUCAGUUUAAUUGGUCACGAAAUGGAACAAUGUUUGUUGUCGGCGCUCUUCAAGGCCCAAUGCACCACUAUUUCUACGGUUGGUUAGAUGGGAAAUUCAGUGGAGCAACACUUAAACACUCAACUAUCAAAAUUUUAUUUGAUCAAUUUGUCAUGUCACCAGCAUGUAUUGUGAUGUUUUUCUAUUCGGCCGGCUGGAUGUACAAACAAACCACCGAUGAAUGUAAUCAAGAACUGAAAAGCAAAUUUGUCACCGUCUAUAUUGCUGAUUGGAUGGUAUGGCCAUUCGCACAAUUCAUCAACUUUUACUACCUACAUCCCAAGUAUCGAGUCAUUUAUGUCAAUUUUGUCACAAUGAUGUACAAUGUUUUCUUAUCCUAUGUUAAACACACCGAUGUCGAAUCUCUAAAAUACUUCAAACAUUGACAGCUGCAGGAAGACAAAACCAAAAAGUCAUGUGAUACACAAAUAAACCAAACAUGUCAUUCUUGUGAUUAUUUUAUUUAUUUGUGAUAUAUCAAAGAGGAUCAAAAUAAAAUCAAGUUAUCUGAAUUA